GUAAAAUAUUGUUGUUGUUAUUAUUAUAGUAUAGAGCAAGGUCAUUGCUUCAUGUUCCUGCUACUUCUAAUAACGCAUAGUAGUCCUGUUGUAGUGAACAAUGCGGUUGGAUUCGCAUGACAGACUCACACACUGAACUACACAAUGAUCCUUUGGGUCUCAUAUAGCUCAUAUCACAACUAAAAAUGGCUGCCUCAUCAGGUUGCAAAUCUCUCAUCAUGUACAGCUACAGUAGUGUUUUGCUGCUAGCGGUUCUCCUCGCUGUUUUUACGGGGACAAACUGCUUCAUGCAUAAGGUUGAUCCAUGCCCGUGUAAGGAUCCGAAACUUUGUAAUUUCAUUACGAAAACGCCGCAGAAAGAGCUCUUCGUAUUUCAAGUCACAAACGAGAACUGGAUGGCGUAUGACUGGUCUUACAUAACAACUGUCGCACUUUUCGGUCCGUAUACCCCGGAUGUGAUGUGCCACGCUCACUCCAAGGGUAUUAGACUUGUCAUGUUCGCGGACUACCCGUUAAGUCAACUAUCGAACGCGACACAUCGCAGCGUCUGGGUGAAACAGCAGGUCGAGUUGGCCACUAAACAACACACGGAUGGCAUAAACAUCGACUUUGAGAAGCCUCUAAGCCCGAGUAGGUCCGAGCUGCUUACUGCGUUGGUAAAUGAAACAGUCCAGGCAUUCCGUGCUGUAAAUCCCUAUACACAGAUAACGCUUGAUACUCCCCACGCUCCAUGUGGUUACGGUCGUUGCUACGACUACAACAAGUUAGCUUCCUUGUGUGAUUUUCUGGUCAUCAUGGACUAUGGUAUGUCAGGAGGUUCUGAACACGCCAUAUCCAAUGAUGGGAUCAACCUUGUUAAACAGGGCAUAGAGGCUUUCCAAGCGGCUGGGAUUCCCGCCAGUAAAUUGGUAGCUGCAGUACCAUGGUAUGGCUUCGACUACACCUGCACUCAUCUCCUAAAGGACAACAUUUGUAAUGUGAAUGGUCAACAAGAUGAAUAUGACGUGACAAAGAGAAGUGUGAAUUAUAAAAUUAUUACACAGCUGUUGAAGAAUUCUACGACUGGUCGAAUCUUCAAUGAAACGUAUGGAUCGCCAUUCUUCAAUUAUUUGAAUCCCACUACGGGUCACAUUCAUCAACUGUGGUACGACGACCCAGAAAGCCUGAUGCUCCGCUACAACAACGCCAAAUCCUUCCAGCUCCGUGGCGUGUCAAUGUUUCAAGCGGAUUGCUUGGAUUAUUCGGACGACCCGGAAGCAAAAGCUCUCACAAAGGCAAUGUGGGAUGCCAUCAACACCUUUUUUAUGUAAUAUCAACAAAAGAAUGUCGUGGCCGAGCAAAUGAGAGCACCGAACUCAAGCCACGGUACUAUAAAAAAAAAUAAUAAAAAAAUAGUAAACUUGCGGGUACAACUUUGUAAUAAACUAUGUUGAGGGGGUAUUGGUCUUGACGUUUCGAGCAUACUCUGCUCGUCUUCAGGAGAAAGAAGCGGAGCAUACUGCUGAAAAGGAGCAAAGUAUAGUGCUCAAAACGUCGAGACUAAAACAGCUCUUUUCAGAGCCAACACUCACCCAAAUGAUUUUUAUUAUAUUAGUCUAAGCUCCACAGUGCCAAAAUGCUUAAAAACAUUUUUACCUUACUCUGUUUGCUCCCCUCAAUAUGUUUAUAUUAAAAUGUGAAGUAGGACAUGCUGAUCAUGAAUCAGGGUGGUGUAUACAAUGUUGACCCGGCGAAAGUGCAUUUUGGGGUUAAAAAAAUGGCCGCCGUUUUUCCCCUGAAACCAUAUAACAAAACUUAAAUUGACAUCUAGAAAAUUAAGAGACCGAUUCAGCCCAAAUUUGGCUGAAAGUUAAAGGUUUGUACAUUUUACAUUUUAAAUAUUUCAAAAUUCAAUAUGGCCGCCAUUUUGCAUACAAAAUAAAAUGGGGGAAAAGACAACAUAGGUUGUACUUGCAAGUUUACUAUUUAUGUAUUUAUUCAUAGCAGGCCCUUAUCCCCACAUCACCAUGCAAAGCUUCAUUCAAAUGGUGUUUCUGUUCAUCAGAGUGUGGGUUCGAAUCCCGACACUCAGUCUUUGAGCAAGACACCUAUAAUUGCUUUACUCUACCCAUGUGUAAAUGGUUACCUGUGAGGGCAGAGGUGGUUCUUAUGAUGAUAGUAGCGCAUAUUGUUGUUGGGGCUGGCUGUAUACUCACUAGGGAGCAUGGUUUAAAGAGGUGAUUCUCACCACUGUAUGUCAGGUAUAUCUUUUGUCUUCACCUAGUAGUAUAUAUUUGUGGGAAUUCGGGAGAACGGUUAGCAAUUUCUUUUUAUGCACGACGGAACUCCCACUGUCGUAAUGCUUUUUUAAUUGGGAAAUGUUUUUCUUCGAAUUCAA